UGAGAGAUAUAAGCAAACCAUGCACAUGUCUUAUAAAUUACCAGGGAUAUUUAGUACAUAAUUAGUACUUAGUAAAUCAAUUGAAGAAUUCUGAUGAGAAGUGAAAUGUUUAUUUCAAGAGUUUAUCAAAUCUGAUGAAAAAGUGAAUGAUGAAGUGAUGGAAAAGAGAAAACUUUACAUUUUGGCUUCAAUUUCUUUUUUAGUAUUUAUCGUAGUUGUUGCUGUGAUAUUGUCUUUAUGUUUGGACACAGAAAAACGGGGUCCUAAACUAGUUAUAGACCAUGAUGGUGGAGCCGAUGAUGCUAUGGCAAUAUUUAUUGCGUUGCUUGAAGAAAAAUACUUCAUGGGGCCUAAUGUUGUCGGGCUCACUACAGUCAACGGAAAUGUGAACGAAUCUCAAGUGUACAUCAACAGCCAGAGGAUCCUUGAUGUCGCCGAGAGAAGAGAUGUGCCAAUAUACAGAGGCAGUGCCGAUGCACUGGUCCUUGGCUAUUCUUCGGACGCGUACUUCGGGGUAGACGGUCUAGGAGACAGCAAGAAUGUCAGCUACCGAGCCAUAAAAGCGGAGCCACUGGUGGCAGCUCUAGCUCUCAUUGAGUUCUCUAAGAAAUACGAAGGACAACUCAUAGUGGUCGCUUUAGCUCCGUUGACCAACAUUGCUUUGGCAAUCAAAAUUGAUCCCGAAUUCUUAACAAGACUAAAACAGAUCUAUGUUGGUGCCGGUCAUGUUUAUGAUGAAAACACCAAAACAGCAGAGUUCAAUGCUAAACUAGACGUAGAAGCAUACCACAUAGUCGCACAAUACGCUACCAGUGACAAAGUGACGGUAGUUCCAUUUAAUCGAGUGAGGUACUCGUUGAAUGUGACUAGAGAAUGGCGCGUAAAGCAACUUGGUAGAAUAAACACAAAGAUAAUGCAGGAACAAAACAAAUUCGAACAAGUGUCUAUACCAAAGAGCACUCUCUGGCGACUACUAGAUCCGGCCGUUAUGAGCAUGGCCCUAGAUAACAGCAUAAUUGAGGACAUAAGACUUACUGAUAACGGAAUUAUUUUAUGUGGCAAGAUGAGAGGAAUCAACACUAAUAACUUCACGUGUGAUAGUGGAAGUAAUAUGAAAUUAGUUUACGACUCUAAUGAAGAUGAAUACAAAAACUUUCUUUUGAGAGUAUUUUCGGCUGAUCAGAACAGAAUAAACUAAUUUUUGUUCCU